UAGUAAAAGUGUUUCUGGUAACUAUGAGCCGUGUGUUGUCAUGGAUAGACGGGAGCUGGUAGAGAGUUUCAAAGCCACUGGGACACUUUAAGGCAAGCAGCCCACUGUGGACUCUUCUCAGCUGGGGGACGGCUGGCUGGAGAUGCCAUGUUGGAAGGUCCCAGGGUGGGUGGUUCAACAUCCAGCAAGAAUCCUGCAUCCCCAAGCGUUUAUGCUCCCACCCCUACACACCACUGCAACACUUUGGGAAGUUGCCGCCAGAAAAGUAUAUUAUGGAAACAGAGCCUCAGUUCCUCCACCCCUUGUGUCUGUAGCUCUGUUUUGAUUGACAAUUUGAUUGAGAAUUUAGACAGCGGGGAUGAGAGUGAUGGCAGUUCUAUGCUACAUACAUUUUCCCAACCAUCCCCAUGGAUUUCCUCAACAUCUUGCUGCUUUCAUGCUUCAAAUCCUCCUCCAAAACAUCCUCCCCCUCAUUCCCGAACCGCUCCCCCAAGCCCAAUGCACUGUCAUCGGGUAAGGGAGACAAUCACAUGCUCUCAUACAAGGCCGGCAAAGGAGGAAGGUCUGAAUGAAUUGCGGAAUACAUUGCAGCAGGCCACCAGCUGCAUGGAGCGCAGUUCUGAAAACGUCCAUCUGCUUGGUGAGAGGAUGGCUGCUGCUACCGAAUGCAUAUCUGAGAGUGUGCAGGAGAAUUCUCAGGCUUUGGAGAUGUUAACGCAUGUAGUCGAGAAGCUUCAAGAGUUAGUCCCCACAAGCGGCACAAUUUCGGAAUCACCACAUGGCACCGAGACUGCAAGUAGAGUGGUUAACCGGAUGGGUAGCAGAUCGCUCAGUGUUCCCACCAGUCCAGCUAUUGCCUCAUCCUCUCGCAUUUCUCAUUGUCCUUCCAGCUCCUCUUCCUCCUCUUCUUCUUCAUCUGCCAUGACUUUUCUGGAGCAGCCAGUGCUAUCAAAGGGGAAAUCCUUUAAUCCCAAAACAAAGCCAUCACGAUCUCCUCAACGGAGACAGCUUGAUGUCCAGCACCGGAUGACCAAUGGCUCCUUGACAUCCAGCCCUGCCCAAAACCACAAAGUGAACAGCAGCGCAUUUAGAUGUUUCUUUAGCCAGAAGAAAAAGAAAAACAAGAAAAAGGAAUAAGACCACUUCCACAUUUCCAUGGUUAUGAACAUCCUUUCAUAUUCUUGCUGUCUCACGCAUGCAGGUCUUUAAUCUUUAAUAUGUGUGUAUUCAUCUAAUAUGUCACCACCGGUCCUUGAUGUUUACCAUUGUCACAUUAGUGCUUGUCCAACCUUUUUUGGAAGUGAUGUUUUGUUUUGUUUGGUAUUUUAUUGGUAAUUCUCAUUGGUUCAA